GACGACAUAUCCGCACAGAGCAUCCUGAGACGACCACUGUCAUAGAACCAGGAAGAAGGAAGGUGGGAUAGCUUCAAAGGGCUAAUAUCCCGAAACGAUCGGUAAACUUUCCUUGAAAAUGAUGAAGUCGUCCAGGUGGAAGUGUGCAGCGCUCCUCUUAUUGCCUGUUAUAAGUUUAUUUUUGCCCGCUCGGGCGGAUGAACAUGAGCACACGUACAAUGACAAAGAGGAGGUAGUUCUAUGGAUGAACACAGUGGGGCCGUAUCACAACAGGCAGGAGACAUAUAAAUACUUCUCCUUGCCUUUCUGUGUGGGUUCAAAGAAGACCAUUAGCCACUACCAUGAGACGCUGGGAGAAGCUCUGCAGGGAGUUGAACUGGAGUUCAGCGGCCUUGAUAUCAAGUUCAAAGAUGAAGUGAUGCAGACGACAUACUGUGAAAUUGAGCUGGACAAAGCUAAAAGAGAUGCCUUUGUCUACGCAAUCAAAAACCACUACUGGUACCAAAUGUACAUUGACGACCUGCCAAUCUGGGGGAUUGUUGGUGAGGCGGACGAGAACGGGGAAGACCAUUAUCUCUGGACUUAUAAAAAGCUUGAAAUCGGCUUCAAUGGUAACAGAAUCGUGGAUGUAAACUUGACCAGCGAGGGCAAAGUCAAGCUUGUGCCGAACACAAGAAUUGCUAUGUCUUACUCGGUAAAGUGGAAAAAGUCUGAUGUGAAAUUUGAAGACCGUUUUGACAAAUACCUGGAUCCAUCCUUCUUUCAACACAGGAUUCACUGGUUCUCUAUAUUUAACUCGUUCAUGAUGGUGAUCUUCCUGGUGGGUUUGGUGUCUAUGAUCUUAAUGAGGACACUGAGGAAAGACUAUGCCAGAUACAGCAAAGAGGAGGAAAUGGAUGAUAUGGACCGAGAUCUUGGGGAUGAGUAUGGCUGGAAGCAAGUCCAUGGAGAUGUGUUUAGACCCUCUAGUCACCCUCUGAUCUUCUCUUCACUGAUUGGCUCUGGUUGCCAGAUCUUCUCUGUGUCCCUCAUUGUUAUCAUUGUGGCCAUGCUUGAAGAUUUGUACACAGAGAGAGGGUCGAUGCUGAGCACGGCCAUAUUUGUGUACGCAGCCACUUCCCCAGUAAAUGGUUACUUUGGGGGAAGCCUGUAUGCAAAACAAGGGGGAAGGAGAUGGAUAAAGCAGAUGUUUAUCGGAGCAUUCCUGAUCCCAGCUAUGGUUUGUGGAACAGCUUUCUUCAUCAACUUCAUUGCUAUCUACUACCAUGCCUCCAGAGCCAUUCCGUUUGGCACCAUGGUUGCAGUGUGCUGCAUCUGCUUCUUUGUUAUCCUGCCUCUUAACCUGGUAGGGACGAUCCUGGGUCGGAAUCUUUCAGGGCAGCCCAAUUUUCCCUGCAGAGUCAACGCCGUACCCAGGCCCAUCCCUGAGAAAAAAUGGUUCAUGGAACCUGCAGUAAUUGUGUGCCUGGGUGGCAUCCUGCCAUUUGGUUCUAUAUUUAUUGAGAUGUACUUUAUUUUCACGUCAUUCUGGGCGUAUAAGAUUUAUUACGUGUACGGAUUCAUGAUGCUCGUGCUGGUGAUCUUGUGCAUUGUGACCGUGUGCGUGACCAUCGUUUGCACCUACUUCCUCCUUAAUGCUGAAGACUACAGAUGGCAGUGGACAAGCUUUCUUUCUGCUGCUUCCACUGCAGUUUAUGUUUACAUGUAUUCCUUUUACUACUAUUUCUUCAAAACAAAGAUGUAUGGUUUGUUUCAAACAUCGUUCUAUUUUGGCUACAUGGCUGUGUUCAGUACCGCUCUGGGUAUAAUGUGUGGAGCUGUCGGUUACAUGGGAACAAGUGCCUUUGUGAGAAAGAUCUACACAAACGUGAAGAUUGACUAGCGACUCUCCGGUGCAAUCGGCUGACGUUUCCCAGCGAACACGAGUCUUUGUUCCUUCUUGUUUUUUUUUUUGUUGCAAGAAGAGAUUGUGAUCUUAUCUUGUAUAAAUCUAGUUUUCCAUUUUCUCAACAAAUUCAAGGUUGCAAGAUUGUGUACACACACAGGUAUAUAAUGGAAGAUUAAAUAAACACGUUUUAUUUUUAUUUUUUAUUUUUAAUUAACUGUUUCAUUUCUUUCCUCUGGAGCAAACGCGUAGACUUUUUUUAAUUUGCCGUGUGAAAAGAAAUUUGGGUUCUCCUCCAAUAAUUCUAUCCCAUCCAGCAUGAGUGAUAAUAGACCUUUAUCGAUGGAGUAGUCUAGCUCUCUUCAGUGAAGAGGCCGAAGUGUAUGGAGAGCCUUUGUUCUGUUGUAGGAGAAUGUUGGAGGGUUGCGAUUGUGUCCAUGCUCCUACUGUUAGUUUUGUAUUGUCGAGUUGAGCAAUGUUGUUGUAUUGUUUUAAACGUUUUGUUUGCAAUCAACCAGGGCAUAGUUUAACUUUUUCACUCGAUUGAGGAGGGGAAAAAAAUGUUGGUUACUAGCUUUUCUGCCACCAGACUUAACAAACCACCAUUUUUCACUUUACACUGCAUAGUUCCAGUUCUUAUACAGGAUAGAAAUGAUCUUGAUUCACCUCUUGAAUUCGCAUACAAUCCGGUCAUAUGCGACAAGUGCGGAUGUUUUUAAAUUAGGUUGUUUCAGAGUGGGGGUUUUUUGUUUCCAGGUUAGUCUUACUUUUUAAUGUCGGGAUUUAAAUGAAGUCUGAGUGUGAAGAUAAAUGGAUGGGGGUAAACCUGUAUAUAACCUUAAUAAUGUAACUGUAGAAGUAGUUUUCAAAAUGUAUUUUGGUUGUACAGAUUUAUUACAGGUUUUGUUUUUUUUUUUAAGACAAAAAGUUGAAUGAAUUUUUGUCUUUUUCCACCUUUUUAUUUUGUGAGCUUGGAGUUGGUGGCACUGUUACAUCUUGCCUGUUGGUGCAUGACUCUUCAUCUUGCUGCAUAAACCAAUUCUGUUUA